GCGCGUGCGCACAGCAGCUUUUUUAAAAACCCCCAGGUCCUUCCAAAGGGUCUGAGCCUUUCCUACUUCAGACGCUACCGGUUCAACUCUGGAGCCGUUUGUCAUGUAGCCUCGCGCGCUUCAUGCUGAAGCGUUUUGCGGGAUUUCGAAGCGGAGAAAGUUGCGGUUCGUGUGGAGCGGGGCGCGCUGUGGAGUUGGGGGGGAUCCGCUGACCGCCCCGGGUGGACAUCCACCAUGCUCCGGCCAUGGGUUACCCUCUGGGCCAUGUCUCUGCUGCUGGUUCGCGCUGUGGCUCAAUACUCCAGUGACCUAUGCAGCUGGAGAGGAAGUGGUUUGAGCCACGAAGCUCACCGCAGAGAUGUGGAGCAGGUCUACCUUCGGUGCUCUCAGGGAUCUCUGGAGUGGCUCUACCCCACAGGGGCCAUCAUCGUCAACCUGCGACCAAACACAGAGCCUUCAUCAGGACGAACAACUGAAGUCCAUGUGUGCAUUAAGCCUCAGACAUUCUCCCAGGGCUCUCAUGUGUACCUGGAGCAUGAAGGAGAUUUGAGGCUGCUGAUUUCAGACAAGGACCAGGCUCAGGGUAGAGUACACUGUUUCAGCAUGAAAAAGGGGGCUCUGUUUGUGGAGGCCAUCCCGCAGACAGACAUCAGCCGGAAGAUCACAGCUUUCCAAUAUGAGCUGGUGCCUGCUCAUUCACCAGCGGCCCACAUGUACCCAUUCCUGCACCUGGGAUCAGUCACCUGUAAACCCUGCUCAGAUCAAGAGGUCCUCAUGGCUGUGUGCACAAGUGAUUUUGGUGGAAGGGGUAUCUUUCGAGAUGUAAUGCCAGGCACAAACCAGCACUCCAUGGUUAUGGUUACUCUGCAUCGGCUGUUUCAUCAGAAGAGUGGUGUGUUUAUGAGGAGCGGAGCCAGAGGACGAUCAUGGAGUGGACGGAUUAAUGUUCCUGCCCCGUGCGUUGUGCAUCCAGGAGAGCAAGAGUACCUUCUGACCGGCUCGAUCCAUUUCGGUGAGCCAUGGCUCGGCUGUGCGCCACGUUACAAGGACUUCUUAAAGCUGUAUGCUGAAGCAGUAAAUGCAGGAACAAACCCCUGCAACAUAGACACAGACUGAGAGUUAUUCCUAAAUGGUGGAAGAAAAUUCAUCAAAAAUCUAUGAGCAUUCAUUCUGAUGGAGAAAAGGGUAAAGUAACGGGGGCAUGGAUCAAAGCAGCACUCUAUCAAAAGUGUUUGUUCUCCAAAAGACUUAUAAUGCUGCCUCCAUUUGACUAGUCUUGUAAAUUACAAGUGAAUAUCUGUACAGAAGUGAGAGCAAAGGAACUAUUUCUGUAAACUUCAAUUAGUGCCUUUCUAUUUGUUGUGAUGAUGAUUGUAAUGAUGAUGAUGAUGAUGACACUGUUCAUUCUGGAAAUGAGAGUUUGCUUUGUAAAAAGCUUUCUGUAAAUUUUUGUCUUCUGAGAGAAGUCUAUGGUAUGCAGCUCUGUGAGACUACAUUUACUGAAUGUGUGUAUUAUUUACAGAAUGGUUUAAAUGUUUUUUUUUUUCAUAUUUACAGAAAAAAUAAAUAUGGAG